AAAUAAUAACCCCUUCUACUUUUUUCUAAGCCGCAUUUCAAGCGAAUGGGAAGCAAUUUUUAGUUAGGUAAUUAUUCGAUAUAAUUGCCGAUGGUUUAACAACUCUGUCGACUGCUGGCGAGACCCACAGUCAACAAAAUGAUAACGUAACAUCAACUAAAACUAAAAUUAAGGUGAAAAGAUGACCAAGUCCGAUUUUGUGCUGGGCGGCUUUGCUGCAAUGAGUGCGGUGAUGUUCACCAAUCCCAUUGAUGUGGUGAAGACACGGAUGCAACUGCAGGGAGAGUUGGCGUCCCGGGGAACCUACGUAAAGCCCUACAAGAAUCUUCCCCAGGCUAUGGUGCAGAUAGUCCGGAACGACGGGCUCCUUGCUUUGGAAAAGGGUCUGGCUCCGGCGCUGUGUUACCAGUUUGUCCUCAACUCGGUCAGAUUAAGCACUUACUCGAACGCCUUGGAGCUCGGAUUCCUACAUAACUCAGAUGGCUCCAUAUCCUUUUAUCGGGGCAUGUUUUUCGGAGCCCUGGGCGGCUGUACCGGCACCUUCCUCGGUAGUCCCUUCUAUAUGAUAAAGGCGCAACAGCACGCCCAGGCAGUUCAGUCGAUAGCCGUGGGCUUCCAGCAUAAACACACCUCUAUGCUGAAUGCCUUCCUGCAAAUUUACCGGACCAAUGGCAUUCCGGGAUUCUGGCGUGGAGCUGUUUCCAGCAUGAGUCGAUCACUUGUCGGCUCCAGUGUCCAGAUCGGAAGCUUUCCCAAGGCCAAGGCCCUGCUGAGGGACAACGGAUGGGUCACCCAUCCGGUUCUGCUUUCGUUCUGUGCCGGCUUAACCGCGGGAAGCCUUAUCUCCUUGGCCAACUCGCCCCUCGACGUAGUCACCACUCGGAUGUACAACCAACCUGUGGAUGAGAAGGGAAGAGGUCUCGUGUACCGGGGUUUAGUGGACUGCUUCACCAAGAUCCUGAAAAAGGAAGGUCUCCACGGGAUGUACAAGGGCUUUUGGCCCAUCUACCUGCGAAGUGCCCCUCACACUACCUUGAUAUUUGUGUUUUUCGAUAAGUUCAUUUACUUACGCGAUCGCUAUGUUUUUCCCCAGCAAAAGCAUUGAAAACUUAU